CCUGAAUGCACCUUGACUGGCUGGAGGAGGGGGGGCAGUUUUACACCUACUGUGUGGAGGGUGUGUCCACUCGAGAAAAAACGCCACUGAAAGUCUCUGUCAUUAGGAAACUUUUUUACUAGACACCCCCUCCGGCCGCACGCGGGGCUCGGUGUCCGUCAUUAACCGUCUGGUCUCGUGACAGCGCUACUUCAGGCGGCGGUGGAGGCUUCAGGAGCCCUGGUUUGUGUGAAGGACCGCGGUGGACCUGGUGGUCUCGGGGUCUAGCUGUCAUUCAGCAUGGGGGACGUCAUCUCUAGCCACCUGGAUGAAGCCAAGCGGGACAUGAUCUCAGCCCGAACCGGGAAGUUGAUGGGAGAGUUCGGAUGUCUGUAUGAGCAGCAGUAUGCUGUAUCUCUCUUCAACAAGAUUCGCUUCGACAUCGAGGGAGGAGGUGGUCCACAACCACAGCUGCUGCACCGCAAGAUUCCUCUGGAGAACAAGUCCAUCUUCUCUGGGUCCCUUUUUCAGUACCUGGAGGAGAACAAGAAGUGGAAGAACCGCUUUGUUUUCGUGGCAAACUCCUACAUCAUCAGCUACUAUGACAGCAAAGCGUCCCACGACAAACACCUCCAUCCCAAAGGAACCAUUAACUGUGCCGGAUACAAAGUGCUGACCUCCAUGGAGCAGUACCUGGAUCUAAUCAGCGAGAGCCUACCUGGUGUGAAAGCCAAGGUGGGAAGUUCACCGUUCCUGAAGUGUCUGAGCCAGUUUGCUCUGAUCCUGUGGCAUCCUUACGCCCGCCACUACUACUUCUGUGUGACGACUGAGAAGGAGCAGCAGAAGUGGCACGCCGUCCUCCAGGACUGCGUCAGACACUCAAACGAUGGUCUGUGUGAGGAGGAGAAAGUCCAAACUCCAGCCUUUACUGAUUCAGUGCGGCUCUACAGACAAGCUCAAGGCCACUACGGCACCUGGGAGAUGAUGUGCGGUGUCCCAUCACAGAUCCUGUCCAACUUGGUGAUGGAGGACCUCCUUCCUGAGCUGAGGGAGCUCAUCUCCCCGCGCCUCAAAGGGAAACUCCACGAAAGGCAGAGAAACUGGAUGCUGAUCAGCGAUGCCGUGUACAGUCUGGUCCAGGCUCAGUGCCAGAGUCGGUACGAGGCAGUGCUGGCGAAGUGUGAGGCAGCGCACUCCUCUCUGGAGGCGUCCAUCCGAAAAGACAUGGACCAGAUCAUCACAUCCAAGGAGCACAUCACAAACCAGAUCAAAGCCACGCUCCUCCCGAAAGCUGAGAAGCUGCUGAAGGUCAGCAUCCAGCCCUACAUCAGCUCCAUCUUGGACGCGCUCAUGGAACCCACCAGCCGAGGAUUCUUUGAGGUCCGUGAUCUUUUCUUCAGGGAGUUGGUGGACAUGAGCAAGAACACCCUCAAUAAUGAAAGCAAGGAAACGGUGGCGCAGCACAUGGAGAAGAUCUCCAUGCUGGCCUUCCAUCCAGUGAAGAUGCAGAGCUGCUAUGAGAAGGUGGACCAGCUGAGUCUGGAGGGUCUGCAGCAAAGGUUUGAUGUCUCCAGCCCCUCGGUGUUCGUCCAGAGGGCCCAGAUCCUCAUGAGAAAGCAAAUGGACGAUGCGGUAUAUACGUUUGAGCAGAUGCUCCACCAGACUCUGGAGUCUCAGGGUUGGGAGGAUCUCUGUAAGUCCGUCCAGCGCUGCCAGGACAGAGUCAUCAAGAAGUUUGACUACGACAGCAGCACAGUGAGGAAGCGAUUCUUCCGGGAGGCUCUCCUCCAGAUCUUCAUCCCCUACAUGCUGAAGCAGCUCGGUCCGUCCUGCACCUCUGAACUUCCACGCUUCCAGGAGCUGAUCUUUGAGGACUUUUCCCCCUUUAUCCUGGUCAAUAACAUCUUUGAAGAAGUGGUUCUUCACUCGGUCAUGAAGGACAUCAUGAUGGCUGUGAAGGAGGCAGCAGUCCAGAGAAGACACAACCUGUAUAGGGACAGUAUUGUCCUCAGCAGCAGUGACCCCAGCCUGCAUCUGCUGGGAGAAAACCCGUCCAUUGACUGGGCUGGGGAGUACGGAGGAGCCCCGGAGGAGGCUGAGGGGCCGAGGGGAGACGCUGAGGGGGGUGGGGAGGCCCAGAAGAAGAAGAGGAUGAAGCAGGUGGUGUCCAUGAUCCAGGAGGAAGGCUCCAACAUCAUGCCUGGGGAGUCCUGCUUGGUGGAGUCCAGCAACAGUGCCAUCUCGGAAGAGGUGGACGGAGACGGAGGGGACGGCUCACAUGAUGAUCCUUCCGACCCAGAGGGAUCUGUAUGUCCCAAAGAGCUGGAGAACCCAGAAGACAUGUUGAAUGGUCGGGAUCUAAAUGAAGCCCAACCAGAGGAGCAGCGUGGAGAAGAGGUUGCAUCAGCUGCAGGAGGAGCUCUGGUCCCUCAGGAGGAGGAGAUGGUUGAGGGAGAAACAUCCUCCAACCAGGAGGAGACAUCACCAGCAUCGCUUCCUAUGAACAACCUUCCCUCUGAAGCUCCAGGAGAUUCUCCAGGAGCUUCUCCAGGAACGUCUCCAGGAACGUCUCCAGGAGCUUCUCCAGGAACGUCUCCAGGAGCUUCUCCAGGAACGUCUCCAGGAGCUUCUCCAGGCAUGCCAAAUGGCUCCAUGCUGAAGGAGGAAGCAGCUGAGCAAGAGGAGCAGCGUGAAGAAUAUGUCUUGCUGAAGGUUGAAUCAGCUGCAGAGGGUGGUCCAGUCAUUCAAGUGGAGCUGGUGGAGGGAGAACCAUCUUCUAGCCAGGAGGAGGCAUGUCCUGCACCUUCUCCUCUUGAGGAACUGCUCCCUGAAGCCAGAGAACUGGCAGUGGAGAACCAUCCAGAGGGAUCUCCUGACUCCUUCCAGCCUCCACAUGAUGACAGCGGUUUUCAUUCUCCCACCAAUGAGAUGGUGGAGAAGGUGGCCUCCUCUACGUCUCUCUCUCCACCCUCAGAGGGGCAUCCUGCGGAGGACAGGGAGGCAUUGGAGGACCAGACUCAGAGCCCAGAACAGGUCUAAACCAGUGAUGGAACCCUGACCUGAACCCACUCCUGUAUGGUUUUAGUGUUAGAGGACUCUCCGUGCGCUUUUGUCCUCCUUUAUCACUCGGAUGUUUUUACACCUUCACAGGAGCAUCACCUGCUUCCUCUUCACCUUCUAGAAAUGUGAGCACGACGGCGGCUUUAACCGUGAGCCAGUUUCAGGGCCAGCCCUGCUGGAACUCCUUCCCUGAUCUGCAGUGUGUGGUUUUUAGGAGCAUAUCUGCUGUAACCAGCCGAACGUACCGUUAGAAACUCAGUAAUCAGCUUCUCCAGCCAGAUGUGAAGAUAAAACUGAGCAUUUUCUUUUGUAGUUUUCCAGCAGAAAAGUCGAAAGUUUUUUUCCUCGUCCUUGCAUGCAGUUAAUCGAUGUCAGUGAACCCACCUUUUCCUGGGAAUUUUAGGACUUUUCUGUUUAUAUUCUGUAUAAAGUUUAUAUGAAACCAUGAACUAAACUGUCUGUUUUUUUUGUUUUUUACAUUUUUUUAAAUUCAUUUUAUAAUUGAACUUACUGAUUUCACAUCCUGUUAUUUAUUUUACACCCAUUUUCUGUUUGAUCUGUUUACUUUUAAAUGAACUUGUGUGAUACACAACUAAUUGAUAAUAAAUCAUUA